ACCCUAGAGAGAGAGAGAGAGGGAGAGAGAGGAAGAGGUUGGCAAUGGCGAAGGGGAGAGGCGCGGGGAAGGAGGUCGAGGGGAUCCUCGAAACCCUAGGGGACUUCACGAGCAAGGAGAACUGGGACAGGUUCUUCGCCCUCCGCGGCUCCGGCGACUCCUUCGAGUGGUACGCCGAGUGGGUCGACCUCCGCCGCCCCCUCCUCUCCCAACUCCCCCCUCAUGCUCCCUCCUCCUCCGCCGAUGAGGAGGCGGAGGUGGAGAUCCUCGUGCCCGGGUGCGGGAGCUCGCGGCUCUCGGAGCACCUCUACGACGCCGGGUUCCGCCGCAUAACCAACGUGGACUUCUCCAAGGUCGUCGUCUCCGACAUGCUCCGGCGCUACGUCCGAUCCCGCCCCGAGAUGCGGUGGCGGGUCAUGGACAUGACCGAGCUCCAGUUUGCAGAUGAAUCUUUUGAUGUAGUUCUUGAUAAGGGGGGAUUGGAUGCUUUAAUGGAGCCAGAGAUUGGCUCGAAGCUGGGAAGUAAAUAUCUUAAGGAGGUGAAAAGAGUUCUUAAAUUUGGAGGAAAAUUUAUUUGUCUCACCCUAGCGGAAUCUCAUGUGUUAGGUGUACUUUUCUCAGAGUUUAGGUUUGGAUGGGAAACAAGUAUUCAUGCUAUCCCUCACAAGCCCUCUAAUAAGUCUAAGUUUCAAACUUUCAUGUUUUCUGUGCUAAAGGACAAGUUGGGAACCGUAAAUCCAAUUAAACAAUCUUUUGACCAGUCGUCUGUAAAUUGUAAUGCUAAGCAGGUCCAAGCUAUUAUUAAUGAGGUUGAGAAUGAGAAUACCAUCCGAUUACAGUAUUCUUCCGGUGCCGAUAUAGUGUACUCUUUACAAGAUUUACAACUAGGGGCUAUAGGAAAUUUGGAAAAGCGUAUUCCAGGGAGAAGGUUUCAACUUAUUCUUGGAGAACAAGAAAGUUCGCUUUACAGCUACAAAGCUGUUCUUUUGGAUGCUCAGCAGAAAUCUGGACCGUUCUCAUACCAUUGUGGCGUUUUUAUAGUGCCUAAGACUCGAGCUCACGAAUGGCUGUUUACUUCAGAAGAAGGACAAUGGCUUGUUGUUGAGAGUUCAAAGGCGGCUCGUCUAGUCAUGGUAUUCUUGGACUCAAGACAUGUCGUUGCUAGCAUGGAUAUUAUCCAGAAAGACCUCUCCCCACUUGUUAAAAAUCUCGCACCUGGAAAAUCUGAAGAAGAACCUCCAAUACCGUUUAUGAUGGCCAACGAUGGUGUCAAGCAGAGAAAAAUUUUGCGACAGGUUACUUCUCCAAUUACGGGAUCUAUAAUUGUGGAAGAUGUGAUUUAUGAAAAUGCUGAUGGGUGCAGAACAGGACCGAGCUCAUUGGAGGAUAAAAUGUUCAGGCGGCUUACUUUUGAAAGAAGUGUUGGCUUGGUGCAAUCUGAAGCACUGGUCAUUAGUACUGAUGGAAUUGAAAAAAAGAGAAACAAUUCGGCCUCCGUGUCUAGAAGAAAAAGAAGCCAGAAAAGAAAUGAUGAAUACACGAGUAAUUUGAAGAUUGACCACAGCUCCCUGGCUAGUUCUUACCAUGGUGGUAUUAUUUCUGGUUUUGCUUUAAUAUCAUCUACUCUGAGUAUUGCGGCAGAAUCCGGAGGAAAGGUUAAAGCUGUAAUAAUUGGUCUUGGAGCUGGGCUUCUUCCAAUGUUUCUUCGCGGAUGUUUUCCUUUCCUUGAUAUUGAGGUGGUGGAGUUGGAUCCUGUGGUUCGAGAUAUAGCAAGGGAAUGUUUUGGCUUUGCAGAGGAUGAGCAGUUGAAGGUUCAUAUCGGCGACGGAAUCAAGUUUAUUUGUGAUUCAAGUGUUGCAGUAUGUGAAACAGACACAAAGAAGAAUGAAAAGGAUAAUUCUUCCUCCACUGGAUCAAGUAAUGGUGGAAAUAAAUCAAACUCUCUAUUGAAUGGAGACAAAUCUGCUGGACCAAAAAUUCUCAUUAUUGAUGCAGAUUCCUCCGAUCUAAGCUCUGGGUUGACGUGUCCUCCUGUCGAUUUCAUCGAAGAAUCAUUUCUCUUAUCAGUGAGGGGUUUUCUUUCUCAAGGAGGUCUAUUUGUCAUUAACUUGGUCUCUCGAUCCUCUUCGGUCAGGGAAAUGGUCGUCUCACGGUUGAAAGAGGUCUUCGACCACCUCUUUUCGCUUCAGCUGGAGGAAGAUGUGAAUGAGGUUCUCUUUGCUUCUCCUACGAAAACAAGCGCCGACCUCGACGUCGACUUCGACCUCGACCAUUUUCCUGAGGCUGCAGCGGAGCUCCGAACACUGAUGAAAUUUCCCCUACCAGAAUUAGAAAUGGGUCCAAAUAAGCUCCAAAGGUUAAAAUAAUUUGUUUAGUUCAUUAUUUUCCACUUUUAAUUUGUCUCACUUCUUUUGGGAUAUUUUGCAUGUAUACCCCCUCAAGAAACAUGUAUUUGUGUAUACUCCUUGAAUUUUUGCUUGUAUGGGUGCAUGCCCCUCUACAUUGCACAAUAAUUUCGUAAUUAUGGGUAUUGGUGAAAAAUAAACUUUUGAGUGGUAUACACACAAA